GAGAAGUCCACGCGCACAACGCUGUCAUCACAUGCCAUGAUAGAGACUCAGUCAUUGAGUUCGCUCAUCCAGAACCUGGUGUACCCUCUUUCUUUCAUUCCCUCAUUCACCCUUCCGUUACGCGGGGGCUUGAAAACGCAGUCGAUAUACGAAAUUCUUGGAGUACCAGGAAACGGUUGGCCCAUCGUGACACGCAACAUUAUUCGAGAGUUUGUCGCCGUUGGGAAGAGGGUCUUAGUGAUCGAAACCAACAAGGAAUGCGGGAUUAAACACACUCAAGAGUUUGCUUCCGUGUCCACAGUCCGAGCCAAUAAGCUUUCCAAGCUUGUUAUGUUGCUACAGAAGCUUACAUCCCUGACUGACACCUUCGACCUCAUUGUCAUCGAUGCAUUCCACGACUUGGUGGAAGCCACAAAAAAUGCCCAGUUUCUCCUCUACCAAGACAUGCUUAAGGACGUGGAGAUGGCAAAGUUGGAGCUAGCCAAGCACAACGAAGCCAGAAUCGCCCAAGGUGGGGAGACAAUCAAGAAUCCAAAUCUCUUUCUCACAAAAGUAGAGAAUCCGGUUAACAAGUUUAACCAGACUACUGUGCUCGAAUUGUUGAAUAUCAUCUCCAAGCUAUGCUUUGAUAAGAACCUGACCUGCCUACUAACUGGGAACCUUAUAGCGGUUAGCGAAAAACUCACAAUUAUAGGCGAGCCGUCAGGAAGGGGGGAUUCCCCGGAUGGCGAAACUGCCACGCUGCAGGGUAGCCAGAGGUCUGGGUUUCAGUAUGUGACACGGCAGUUUCUCAAGCCGCUGGUCUCCAGUCCAUGGUGGUUCCAGUACCUUACGAACCGGUUUGUGGUGUACAGUGAUUGGUCUAUAGUGGACACGAAAAGAGAGGCCGUCUUACAGGUUGAUCUCUACGGAAAGGACUCUGUGCCGAGCCAAAACUCACAAUCCCGAUCACCCAAGGAGCUUACACCUAGUUUUCUUGGAGGAAAUUCAUCGCUGCUUCUCCAGUCCUAUGGGAACUCUCUACCUAGACCAAACUCCAAGUCUGGGCCCGCAGUUGCGAAGAAGCUCUCCAGCAUUGGCCUUCUCAUCAGACGAGAUAAGACCAGGGAUACAUUUUUGACAGAAAUAGGCAGUGCUAUCAAAACGCCGAAUGAGUAUACCCCCCUGGAAGAGAUUAUAACGGCCUUGAAUGGGGGUGAUGCCUUUGAGGAGUUGCUUCAGACCCUGACGCAACUGGAAGUGAUCUUUGGUGAUCCGGAGGUGCUUCCUGAGAUAUCAAGCCUGCAAACUACGGCCUUACUACCAUCCACUGCCGAGGAACUAGAAAUUUCGCACCCAAAUGAAGAAAGCUAUCCAAAUUUCUCUCCCUCGACACCAACUGAAAUGGUGAAUACUCCAAUUCUGGGCCAAGAAUUGGUGGAGGUUACGUACACAAACGUCAAACAGACGGAAAACGUCAACCAUACAUCAUUUUCAGGUCAGAAACGCUCACAAGGGAGGAGACCCACAGGAACGAGAUCUGAAAUAGAUGAGAUUCUGAAACGACAAAAGUUUGGCGUACACAGCGAUUAUGCAAUCCAAGAGUCAAAUAGGGAAGCCCUACCUAUUUAUCCCCUACAGGCUACAUUACACACGGCUAACGUGGUAGAUAAGCCGUCAUACUUGGUGGGGGUCAUGGCCGCCGACCCAGACAUAUCCACAGAUGUAGCUGGUUCUAAAUCUAGUUCCCCUCUUCUGGACAUUUCCUCGAUUGACCUGGAAGAUGAAAUCGAGGAAACAAAGCGGCUAAUGGAAGAAAAAGGAACGGAAAAGGAAGGGGCAAAAACUGCUUCAGCGGCCAAGACUACCCUUUCCAGAAUUCCAGAGAAUGACCUGCCAGUGAAACUUGCCACUAAUGCUGGGGAAGUUUGUAUGGGUAGUGUACAUAGCCAGGACAAUGUGGGUGCACCGGGCCAAAACAUUUCCAACACCGACGCCUAUGCCGAGAGUGCCUAUAUUGAUGCUUGUCACGAUAUGGCCGUAACGGCGGCAGAGCGUGAGAAAACAUGCAGAGAACUCUCAGGAAGCUCACCAGUAGCUGUCAACGUUGAAGAUGAUCUAUACAUUAAUGGCGAGGAAACCACGGCUAUUAAUGCGAUGCCUUUCGAGAUACUGGCUAUUCAGGGUCAGGCCAGAGAGAAAACUCCAGAGUGUUUAGAGGAGAAAGACACCACCGACCUAGGACUCCUGCAGGUAGGCGUAAUUCCCGACAGUCAACCCGCUUCAUGGUUUGGAGAGUAUGACUUUUGCCGUGGGAGUGAUGAUGAAAAUGACGAAAGUGAACUUCUUUUCACUCAGCUUUUGAAAGAGGGCAAGAAAUUAUAGGUAUGGUUUAUUCGAAUACAUUAGAAGAGAUGUAUCCAACUCUGAUUAUACUGCUGGAUUGUGAAUGAUUAGCCCAUUAGUGAAAUUAGAGUAUGGUAGGAGACGGACCGAGCCACGGAACGUCAACCGUUAGGCGCAUGGUUUCUUGCAAACGUUUCGUCCAUUAUCCUUUUGCUCUCCACACCUCCUGAAAGAGUGACCUGAGCUCAGUCGUUUCAUAUUUCAGGUUCCGCCAUGGCACAUCUAAUAAAAUUACAAAUUUUUAGGGUUGGAUUCAAGUUUAAACGCAAUGACUGAUACGGCUUACCUGUCCCGUAACAACAUUAUUUGGACCUGCAAACAGGUGUGAAACUCCUGAAUUCGAGACAAGUUACCCCGGA